CUGGAGCACGCAAUUUGAGAUUGAUUGUUUUUCACAUGCUCAGAGUCAGACUGUCAGCCUGUUUCAUCCCCAUAUGACCAUAUCAAAACCGGCUCCCGCCGCUGCCGUCGUGAGCUUUGAGCUUUUCGUGGCUCCCGCCCUGCGCCCAUCAGAACUUCGUUGCUAAGAAAAGGAAAAAUGGAGAACACUCAUGCAAGUUCACGUCCAGGGGGCGCCGUCUUUUCUCCACAUCUGGCUGCAAGAAAAUAUUCAGAGAACAAUAUGUUCUUGGGCUAGGAGCCUAGGAAGCACAAACCAAAAAAGCCUGAAUGUUGAAUUUUUCGUUUGUACAAGUUGUCAGCAAUCUACGAAAUUAGUUCGACAAACUUGUAGUGAGAACCCAAAUGUAUGCCCAUUCAAAUUUUAAAAAUAUUUAAGCGAACUCACAAACAAAUGUGCCCAAACGCACAAAUCAGAUAGAUCUUUCCAUACACGGCAACACGAAAGGAGCACGAAUUGAUCUGAUCCAUUCAAUUUAACGAGUCGCCCCGUCGGUCUCCGAUUCCUCUUGUUUAGGUGGAGGCGGCGCCGGUGUCCAAACCAAUAAGGACUCGCGAACAGGACUGCGACUAGUUGGUCAGCAGCCUCCUAUGGAGGUCGCAGGUUCGAUCCCAACUGGUAUCCGUGAUCAUCUCUUCAAGGUGGUCAUGUGAGUAUGAGUAUAGGAUGUAAGUCUUGAGUGUGUGUGUGGUGCGUUUAUGUGUAUGUGUAAAGUUCAGAUAGUACUUCGAAGGCAAGACCAUGAAAAGAAAAAACCAAUAAGGACUCCACCCCGCCCGGCCCCGACGGCUCCACCACCGUCCGCGCCGCCGCCGGCGAAACCCUAAGCCAGCCCUCCGAUCAACAGCGCAUCGGACCCGCGGAGGGCAAUGGGCGAGUGCGCGCCUGCGACGGCGGCGGCGCCGACGACGUCGAAGACGUCGGUGUGGUGGGACAUCGACAAGUGCGCGGUGCCCCGCGGCCGCUGCGACCCGCACCGCAUCGCCCACAACCUCAUCGCCGCGCUCGCCGCCGCGGGGUACGCGGGCCCCGUCUCGAUCGCCGCCUACGGCGACGCCGCCCGCGUCCCCCCGCCCGUCCUCGCGGCGCUCUCCGCCACCGGCAUCUGCCUCAACCACGUCCCCGCCGGGAGCAAAGACACAAGUGAGAAGAGGAUGCUUGUUGACAUGUUGUUCUGGGCAUUCGACAAUCCUCCACCGGGCAAUUACUUGCUUAUCUCAGGCGAUCAGGAUCUAUCUGAUCUCCUUCACAGGCUUAGGAUGAAGCGCUAUGAUAUACUGCUAGUACGACCUCCCAAUGCAUCUUCUCAGGCGCUUGCUGCCGCAGCUAAGAAGGUUUGGCUCUGGGAAAACCUCACAGUAGGAGAGCUGCUGCUGCCAGAGCCGCCGCCUGCAAGAAGUGUGUUAGGUUGCAAGCUGAACGUGAAUAGUUUGGAUACAUUGAAGUGCUCGCAAAGUAAGGUUUGUUCUGAACAUGGUAAAGGUGAUAGUAAUGGAAAGGCAGGUAAUCAAAAUAGAGUGAAACCACUUCAAAAGUAUGUGAAGAAGGCAAGUAUUUCAUCUACUCCUGCAAUUACUCAAGAUCGAGUAGUGCCAGCUGAUGGAGUUUCUAAAAGUUAUACAGGAAGCACAUUGAGUGAGAUAGACCCUGCUUCGUCAUUAUCAUCAUCAAGUAGCUCACUGGCAUGUGCAAAGGCGGAUACCUCAGUUCCACAAGAAACCCCUACUUUGUCCAAGUUGCCAUCUCAUAAAUCUGUGUUGUCUACUCAUUCGCAACAAAUGGAAGCGACAAACAGAUCUGUCCCUGGUGAGAAACCUAGCACAUCGACGGAAUGGGUGCUAAGAAAUGCAACUCUUGAUCUGGGUCCUACUAAUGGUCAUUAUAAUCAAAUGUCUCAGCAUUUAAGACCACAGAAUAAGCUUCAUUCUGAGUUUACAACAGGUGGUAAUAAGGGAAAGGCAGUCAGUCAACCUGGGGUGAAGCCACCUCAGAAGUAUGUAAAGAAGAUGAACGUCACAUUUGGCUCUGCAGAAAAGCAAGUUUGUUCAGUUAGAGUCCAUGGCCGUCCUAUUGGAAACCGUACAAUUGAGAUAGACCAAGCUUCUGUUUCAUCAUCGCCAACUUCUACUCCGUCCCAUUCAUCAGCUAAAAAACCUGUAGCUUCUGCUCAUUUGCAUCAAGUGAAAGCACCACAUGAGUCCAUCCUUGGUAAGAAACCUAGCACAUCACUUGAGCAAGUGAAAGCAUCACAUGAGUCCAUCCUUGGUAAGCCUAGCACACCGGUUGAGCAAGCGAGAGUAACACAUGAGUCCAUCCUUGGUAAGAAACCUAGCACAUCAGCUGAGUAUGCAUCAAGAACCGUAACUCAUGAUUUUAAUGUUAGUACUACCAAUUGUCAUCCAGCAUGUCAGCAAUCCCAUCCUUCUGAAGCACAGAAUAAGCUCCCAUGUUACUCUUAUAUGGGUGAUAGUGGUGGAAAGGUAGGAAAUGAACACAAGCUCAAUAAAGAUCAAGUCUAUGUAAGAUGUAUAAAUGUUUCAUCAGCUUCAGCAAGCAAUGAAAUGAAUCCAUUUAAUGGACUUAUUGAUAAUUCUAAAGGAAUCACUUUGAGCUAUCCAAGUCAAUCUUUGACAGCAAUACCAAGCUCUAAAUCACUUGAGAGCGCAAAGGCGAAUGACUCAAUUCCGCUGUUAUCAGCUCAUAAAUCUUUAAAGACUGAUCAUUUGCAUCAAGAUGGAGCAGCAUCCGCUUUUGGUAACAAGAUUAGCACAUCAUUUCAGUGCACAGGCAAAGAUGAAACUUUUGUUUUUGGUGUUAGUAGUGGCCAGUACCACCCGACGUACCCGCAAGCCCAGUCUUCUCUGCUACCAGAGCAACAUAAUUCAGGUACUCAUCCUCAUAUAGAGUCACCUAGAGGCAGCUCUGCUUCGCAAUCAGUGGUGCAUAAUGGGGUUUCUUCUGCACAAAUACAAACAUGGUCCAGUGGCUCACCUUUUGAUGGUUUGGAUUAUAUGUGCAUUGGUUUUAGUAGAUUGAAUAUUUCUGAAUGCCCUAGAGGAACUGCUGAGACCACAUCUUUCCAAGGUGCACCUACUAAUGAUCCUUCUAUGAAAAUGCCAGAUAUUUCUGGACAUCUUACAGGUUUUCACGAUAGCAGAUCAUGUUUUCACCUUGGUUCUAACACCAGCUGCUAUCUUAAUCACUCUAGUGAUCCUAAAAGUAGCCAUCCUCCAUGCAGCGAUAAUUGCGGAGCAGGGCAUCAACCUAAUCUAUCCAUUGACAUGCAAAGUUACAGACAUUCUGGAGAUAAGCCAGAAUAUCUGCCAGAUUCUCCUAGGAAUGAAGGUACUAUAGGAAUAAUAUUACAUGCUUUGGGCAUACUGAAGACUGAAAAGAUAUUCCCUACAGAAUCAAAUAUUGCAGACUGUAUAUGUUAUGGAGAGAUGAAUUUAACAGGCUUUGAUGUUAAGAAGGCUCUUGAACUGGCCAUUCGACAUGAAGCUGUUGUUAUGAAGAAGUUACUACAUGAUAUGCCACUAUUUGUUGCAAAAGAUGAGAGCCUCUGGAAAUGUGUGAAUGUAACAAAUAGCAAAGCAAAGAAUCCCAUAGAGGAGCUAGAGAGAGUUCAUAAGUACAUAUCAUCCCCUGAUGGUUAUUCAGCAGUAAAGAACUCGCAGUCCAGGUACCAAGCUGCAACGAUCUUGAAGAGAUCGUGCUUGCAGCACUGUGCCCUCGGUGAUAUUCUCCAGGUCCUACAUAUUGUAAUUGUUAGGAAAAAGUGGAUUGUGCCCCAUUCUUCAGGGUGGCAGCCACUGUCCAUAAACACAACGGAUAUUGCAACUACUGAUGCUACAGCAAAAGUUAAGUCUUGAAUCUUUUCCUAUGGUCAUGUCAGAUGGAUAUCUUUUGAUGCGCUGGUGAGUGUUGGCUAGAGAUCCACAUUCAUCUAGAGGUUUUGUCGAUGUUGCCUCUGAUCUUUGUUCUAGCCAUCAGAUCCCACGAGAGUAGUUUAGAGUUGGAGCAAUAUGUCAGUGUCAAGUGAUAUUUGUGUGCCAAAGAGCUGUGAAUACCCUGCUGGCCCUGCCCCAAAUAAUAGGGAGCAAUGCAGGUCCCAGUGUUUUAACAUUUGCGUUUAAAGUUCUAAAGUUCUACUCCCUCCCUCCGUUACAAAUUACUAUUUGUUUUGAUUUAUUCGUAAUUUGGAACGGAGGGGGAGUAUUUAGUCCUGACUUAUUCGUAAUUUGGAACGGAGGGGGAGUAUUUAGUCAUGACAGCCUGUGAUGACUGAUGAGCAAGAUAUAGGAAUACAAGAGGGCUUUUGAUGUGUCUCCUCAGUGGCCCUGGCACAAUUGGCUGAAGCUAAAUUUUGAACUUGCAAAGCUGUGCAUCUCUUGAUAUUCUUUCUCGCUGAAGUGACUGUUCUGAAGACAAAGGUAGCUUGCAGCCACAGAGAAGCUGCUACCUGCUGGGUGCUGGCAGAUGAAGGUAGCACCGUAGCAGCUGCUUCCCUGCUUCAAAAGUUUGGCCUCGUGGCCCCUUCAGUCUUCGGACAGUGUCAUCUCAUCUGAGUACUGUUGCACUGUUUGCAGAGUACAAUACCUCAGCUGCACUUUUUCUGAGUGAUGCAAAAUUGUCUGAUACACUCAA